AUGUCGGGCUAUCCGCACCCCGACCAUGCUUCGGGCAUGCAGUAUAAUGACCAAUACGCCCAAUUUGGUGCUCCUGCUGCGGAGCAAAGCAAAGCCACUGGAUUUAUGAGAGUGUUUGGUGGAGGACAGAAAAAGACCACAAGAGAUGGGCAACCCGCCAAACGUCGCGGACCGAAACCGGACGCAAAGCCGGCCAUGACCCGGCGACAAGAGCUCAAUCGCCAGGCGCAAAGGACUCACCGUGAACGAAAAGAGCAAUACAUUCGUGCUCUCGAAUCCGAACUCUCUCGGCUGCGAGAGACCUAUAGCGUGGAUAUCAACGCCGCUAAUCAAAAAGUUCAGCAACAGCAGGAGAUGGUCCAGCAUUUGAAAGCGGAGAACGAACGACUGAUGAAAAUACUGAUGGAUUGUGGGAUCCCUGUUCAAACCCAGCCUGAGCCACUCAAUAUCAACACACAGAACGUAUCGCGCACAGCUGGAAGUAGCUCUGUCGGCUCUCAGUCAGCCACCGUCCAUUCCCAGCCCCCAUUUCUGACCACCCCGCCAACAACGUUUAGUUCGCCGCAUAGUGCAGGGAGUGGUGAUGAAAGAACAGGCUCGCGAGGCGAUUCAUCUAUGCCAUUCAUCGGCACUGCUUAUCAUUCCAGCACAGAUCAGGGUGGUCUUGAUUUUUCAACUGGUGCAGAAAGCAACAAAGAGCUUACUUCCAUGCCCGGAAUUUUCGAUGUGGACCCUCAACUGGGAGUUGAUUUUAUACUGCAGUUGGAAGCACCAUGCCGUGUUCAUACAGAAUACCUCUGUCGAACAGCGCAUAAAGAUGUUGAAAAGGAUGCUUUUUUCUCGGGACAUGCUUUGAUGGCUUCAUGUCCACCACCGAGUCACAUCGAAAACGUCUCUGAAGAUAACCAAUACCCGCAUCAAACCUACGAGCUUCCCAUGCCGAAUCUAGAAAAACUGCUGAACCUUAGCAAACAACUGAUCACCGAUGGUCAAGUGACGCCCAUAAUGAUACUGCAGAGUCUGAAAAAUCACGACCAAUAUCGCUCUCUUACAAGAGAUGACAUCAAAAUGAUUAUCGAGACGCUACAUGCCAAGAUUCGAUGCUAUGGAUUCGGUGCGGUGGUGGAAGAUUUCGAGUUACGUGAUUGCCUGCAAAACGUUCUGGGUGCGAAAUUAUACCACAGUCGAAGUCCUCCGUCGCAAGUUGGAGAUGAUGCAUUAUAUCGAUAG